CUUGAUUUCAACGGCUCCGUCGUUCCCAGGUUCCUCUAGCUCGCUAUUUUCGCCCCUUUUUCUCUUUCUUCUUUUCAUUCAGCCUCUAGCCCAAAUUUGCAUAGGCAACCGACCUUUCCGUUGCCCUGCAUUUGCAUCCGGUAAAGUGGAUGAGGAUGAGGUCUACUGUAAGACGGCCCGCACGAUCUAGUGACUCGCUUGUCAGCCUGCAUAUUCUUUCUUUAUCGAGAUUGAUCAAGGGUUAUCAAAUCAUCUCUCAAUCGGCGCUCGUGCUUUCGCUUCCCAUGAUAGUUUGUGGUGCAUUCAGUAAAGUAUCAGUGCAAUUCUCACAGUCGCCCGUUUUGCUUUGUGACGGUUGGACAUCCACUGUCGACCUCAAAAAGUUUUUCCCGUGACUCCAUGCUAAAAG